CCCAGAAGAAAACGACUUUGCGGCUGGGCCGUGUGUUUAUCUGCCGUAAAGCGGAGGAAGGUUAAAGUAACUCGGAUAAAAGAGUCAAAACAGGAUUGUUCUACAGCCUGAAUCAUCUUUUAUUUUGAUAUUUUUUUUAGUGUUAACUGCUUUCCAUCCAACCUUUCCUCCAUCUUUUGUUUUGCUCUCUUGUUGGCAGCAUCAUGCCGUUUGUGGACGUCCAGUCAAGGCUCGGCAUCAACGUAGACCGCUGGCUGCUGCUGCAGAGCGGCGAGCAGCCGUACAAGCGGGCGGCGCGGUGCCACGCCUUCGAGAAGGACUGGGUCGAGUGCGGCCACGGCAUCGGACAGACCCGGGCCAAAAAGGAGUGCCAGCUGGAGUUUGAGGAUUUCUACGAGUGCAUGUACCGGCAGAAGACGCGUGAGAGGAUGUACGCCAUCCGUGCGCAGCGUGACAAACUGAUAAAGGAGGGGAAGUACACACCGCCCUCUCACCACACCGGCCAACCUGACCAGAAUCCAUGAAGGAUCUGAUCUCAGCUCAGUUUCUGACGGAUUUCACCAUUUCCUGUUCCGCUGUAAAAAUGUGCAAAUAAUAAAUGUUAAUACCUACCGUG